CUUCAUCCUCGCUCACAUCGUCCUCUGUGACCCCCCCUGCCGCUCCUCGGCCGCCAAGAGCUUAAGGAAAGGGAGCGAGGGAAGGGGGUAGGUGAGAUGAGACAUAUAAUAGUCUCCAUCAUCUCCAUAGCCCAGCAGGUGCCACAUGACCUGACACGCAGACAUCUGGACGCGGGCGUUGAAAGAGUUGGUUAUGCCGGUGAUAAACAGGCGAUGCUGCUUGAUGGCCUCCUCCGUAUUUGCAUAGCGCUCGAGGUACUUCUUGCAGCCCACUGCGACGAUCGACACCAAGUCGUGCAGCUUGAUAUCCAUCUUGGAGCUGUAGUUGGUGAGCUGCAGACAACACAUAUGGAGACAUGGCCUCAGGCAGACAAAGUGAGUAGGCUCGCAGUCCGUGACUUACAUAGUGCACCAACGCAUACACCCGAUCCGCAGUCAGGAGCAGGAACUUCAUGUCAUUGUUCGACCGAAUGGCGACCGUGACAUAUGGAGAGUGGCCGGUCGUCCAGCGGUGGUGGCGACGGAGGCGAAUGAUGUCGCACUUGGUGAUGGUGAUGGUCAUGUGGAUCAUCUUCUUUGGCAUGCUCAAGCGGUACGGG